AUUAAAUGAGAGAAUUCAUGCAAAGCUCUUAGCACAGUGCCCAGCCCAAAGAAAACAUAUACCAAGAGUUGAGUAUUAUUGUUUUUAUCGCUGUAUCAUCUGGCCCUUGCCUGUUUCACAGAGAUGUCAUAUCAAUUCACGUGGCAGUGAAAAAACUAAAGGAAAGUUGACCCCUUUUCAGAAACUGUUAGUGUGAAAAUACGACAAUGUACGUUAUGAUUUUUCAGAGCCACAGCUGCACAGUGUAAGCCACGCGUUGCUCUGUGAGGCAGUCGAGGGGGGACUGUAAUUGAGCCGUGUGUGAAAAUGCCACCGUUGUGUGUGCUGUCACUCGGGAAUGGGCCUCACUACCGCCAUGCCAGCAGUGCCUCAGGCGUUGGGCUGGCUCACAGAGAGAGUGCUAAACUCUUUGGUGAGGGAAGGGUAUGGGAGAGCCCAAGUUCACUGCUGUACGUUGGCUUUAUCACCAGCACUUCUGGGACCUUCUACGUGCCCACCCCUGUCGAGGACUGGGAAGGACUCAGGAGUACAGAGCCCUUUGCUUUGUGCCCGCUCAGUGAUGGCUGGCAUGUUGCCAUGUCUGGUACAACCAUGGAGACCGUCUGGACAGUGCAAGGUCGAUCAACAGCUCGAUUCCGGACAUCUGCGGAGUGCUCCAGAGUCUAGAUAGUUUGAUCAGCUAUGAUUUGUUUCCCCCGUUAGCGGAAACCGUUGCCGCGCUAAGCCCUCUAUUGGGCAGCGGGGCUAUUACUGACAGUAUCUGUUUCACAUUUGGGACUCCUUGACUCAGCAACCUCAGCCACACUGCCUUCCAGCUGGAGCUGCCCUGCUCAGCAGGUAUAAGGCCUGUUUGGCAGAUGAGGAAUUGAAGUCCAGAGAGGUGAGGUAAACCACUCCAGGUGACAUAGCCAGUGAGCAGCAGAUGCAGGAUCAAACCGGGCCUGCCUGGUUCCAGGCCUGUGCCUUGUCCACCCUCCUGCAGAACUUGAGGCAGGGAGGGGCCCUGAGUGGAGAAAGGUUAUGGGAAUCUCCUUGAGUGGUGGGAGAGGAAGAAGGCAGGGAGGGUGGGAAGAGAUGAGAGGCCGAGGGCCAGAUCUGUACGGCCUUGGAGACCAUAGUAAGGACUUUGGAUUUUCAUCUAAAUGUGAUGGGGAGAUGCCAGAGGGUUUUAAGCAAAAUAGUGACAUGAUCUGAUUCAUAUUUUAAAAGAAUCACUCAGUUUCCUGCUCUGUAAAAUGGGGAUAACUGCAGUACCUCCCGCAUAAGGUUGUCAUGAGGAAAUGAAGGGAGCUAAAUGGGAGGAUGAGUGUAAGGGUCUUCAUUGGUGCCAGGCAGACUAGGCUGUUGAAUGGAUAUUGGCCAUGACGAUGACACAGAAGGUGCAUUGAAGAAUUCAGGGUGAGGCUGGGAGCCGAAGACAGCGAGGACCAGGAAGGUCUACGCGUACAGGUUAGAAUCCGAGAAUCCUUCUAGUCAGCUUGGCAGAACUGACGUGAGGCCAGGGCCCGAGUCAGGGACACUGCCCGGAGAGGGAGAGAGCGAAGAGGGCUCGGGGCUCUCCAAGUAAGCAAGAGGCAGCAAGGAUCAGAAAAUGGCAGUUCCAUUUUUAAUUUUUGUUAAUCCUCACCUGAGGAUAUUUUCCCAUUAAUUCUUCAGGUUAUAUUGCAGAAGCAUGUGCUGCCUAACCAAAGAAGGAGGUUGCAGAUGAGAUUAUGGGACGUCUAAGUCCUAGGUCCUUCUCCACUGCCCUGGUGCACAGCCUUGCGGCACUGCAGGCUGUGCCUCUGGAGCCCACUGCCUGCCCCAUCUGGCUUGGCCAAACCUAAAAAGGGAGAGGAUGUGUAUGGAAAAGAACAAAGAAAAUAGAAAAAAAUCACCAAGACCAAUGUUAGGGAGCACGAGUAAUUUUAAUAGCAAGGAAAGCAUAAUGGUUACCGACAUGUGAAACAAGCCCUUCACCCUCCCUCUCCAGCAAGCAUUCCUCAGCUGUGGCCGCUCCCGGAACUGCGCAUGCCCAGUACAGUGUUUUUAAGCACCAGGUUUUUUGAGGGCUUAACUUCAAAAAAAGUUAGGAGCUGACUCCGUUAUCAGUCCCAGGUCUUAGGGUAGGCAGGGGAUGGAGAGACUGGGGCACCAAACAUGCAAAUAGGCUGAAAGGUAUAGAAAUUGAGAAUGGUCUCUGCUGGCCUGCCUUGCAGGUUGAAGUGGUAAGUACUGAGGCCUGAAAAGGCUCCACGCGCGAGCAAGGGGCCGUCCGCUAUUAGCAAGGGUGUUGCAGUGAUGACGCCACUGCCCCGCCCGUCAAUGGUCCGGCCAGUGCGGAAAGGGAAACCCCCGGGGAGGCGGAGCCGGCGGGCAGAACAGCGCCUGCGCAGCCACUCCCGUGCGCUGCGAGCCGAGCGGAGUCACCGCGGGAAAGCCCCUCCUACUGGGUUCCCGCUGGGGUCGCGAACUGGGCUGGGUGGUCUACAGCAGACACGCCUCACUCGGGGCGUCGCGACGUCCGGGAAGCCUCUGUGCGUCAUUUCCGCUCUCGUCCCUCGCCCACCACGGAGGGGGCGGAGCCGGAGACAGGCGCUCUGCCUGUGCGUCACUUCCAUUGAGCCCAGCGGCGACAACGGGCAACAUGGCCCUGAACGGUGCAGAAGUCGACGAUUUCUCCUGGGAGCCUCCGACCGAAGCGGAGACGAAGGUGCUGCAAGCUCGGCGGGAGCGGCAGAAUCGCAUCUCCUCGCUCAUGGGCGAUUACCUCCUGCGUGGUUACCGCAUGCUGGGCGACACGUGCGCGGACUGUGGGACGAUCCUCCUCCAGAACAAACAGCGGCAGACCUACUGCGUGGCUUGUCAGGAGCUCGAUUCAGACGUGGAUAAGGAUAAUCCGGCUCUGAAUGCCCAGGCUGCCCUCUCCCAAGCUCGGGAGCACCAGCUCGCCUCUGCCUUGGAACCCCCCUCAGGCGCUCGGCCCGCCCCUCAGCCCCCAGUACCCCGCCCAGAGCACUGUGAGGGAGCUGCAGCAGGGCUCAAGGCAGCCCAGGGGCCGGCCCCUCCUGCUGUGCCUCCCAAUGCAGAUGUCAUGGCCAGCACACAGGAGGCCCUCCUGCAGAAGCUGACCUGGGCCUCAGCUGAAUUGGGCUCUAGCACCUCCCUGGAGACUAGCAUCCAGCUGUGUAGCCUUAUCCGGGCUUGUGCUGAAGCCCUGCAAAGCCUGCAGCAGCUGCAACACUGAGAGACCCCCCCUUGAGAAAAACCCGCUAGAAAAACA